GGAUUCAUAAUAAUAAUAUAAUAAAUUGUUAUAUUCUAUGGUACACUUAUACUAUUUUUUUAAAAAUAUUCUUGUAUCAAAUAAUGGAAUAAAUCUAAAAUGUGUUUAAUCUAUUACAUCUUACGUAUUUAAUUACAGCGUGUUAUGUUUGUCCAAGAAAUAAACCAAAAAUGUCAGUUUAAAUAAUGAAUGAUCCAACAUUACAAAACUAUUUUAUUUCAUCAUAAUAUACAUUGUAACUUUGUUUUGUAGGAAUAUGUCAACUCAAGGAAAUCUUUGUUUCAAUUUAUAACAAAAAGUGUAAAUAAACUGAAUUAACCAGAAAUAUGAUUCAUGUAUCAGAAGCUAUAAUAAUGGACGAUACAUGUAAGAAAAAAUCUAGACCAUAUUAUAUACCAACAGUUAAAGAUACAAUUCAAAUUUCAAAUAAACCAAUUAUAAGACCAUCAAUUCCAACAAAAAAUGAAACUAUUCUGCUUAAUGAGCAAUGUACACUUCCAAAAAAUACUAAAGCUAUAGAAACAAAAUUAUUUAUUGAAAAAAAGAAAAAAGAAAGAACUGAAAAAUGUAAAUUAGAUAUAUUAGAAAAAAAAAUGGCAGAAGAACGAAAAAAAAAGUUAGAUCAAUUACAAAAAACUACAAGAGAACUAGCUAAAGCUUCUAUCAAACAAAAAACUACCCGUGUUCAAGACGAAUGUAAAAUUGGUAUUAAUUUAUCAACUGAAUCAAAUGAUCCUAAAAUGGAUCAAACGUGGUCACCUCCACCGUCUAUAGUUAAAAGUCAUAGAAAAGUACAAAACGAGUCAAUAAAAGAUUUUAAAGUUACAAAGAAAAAUUCAAAUGAUACAAAAGAUGUGGAUCAAACAUGGUCACCUCCACCGCCUAUAGUUAAAAGUCAUAGAAAAGUACAAAACAAGUCAUUAAAAGAUUUUAAAAUUACAGAUGAAUGUACAAAUGAUACAAAAGAUAUUAUAAGUUCAUGUACAUCUUCAAAAACAGCAAAUAAAAUUUCAACAACAAAAUUAAUUGAGCAAAAACCUCAAAAACGUGAAGUUACCAAACCUGAAAAUUUAUUAUCUAAAUUAGUAUCUAAUGAUGAUUAUGAAUUAUUUAAUAGAAAUUUAUUUGAUAUUUCCAUGCCUAAGCUAAUUGAUACUGAUAUUUCUUUCGGUCAACAAGUUAAUAACGAUGUAACCUUUUCAAAUAAAUCAUGCCAAGAAAAUGAAAAACAACCAGAUGAUGUUGCUUAUUUAGAUAGAGAUACAUUGACUAUGCCUGACAUUAAUUUGAGUACAAAGCUUUCAGACAUUGUAAAUAAUAGUACUAAAUCAUAUACAGGCUUACAGUUGCCUAUUAAAUCACACGAGGAAAUUAUGCUAAGUAUUGACCAUCUAGAAGAGCUUCAAGAAUUGUUGUUAGAUCAAUGUUUGCCAGUUAAAACGUGUACUUCAGAAUCCACACAAACUGAGCAUUGUAAUAAUAUAUUAUCAAUGUCGACUUCAAAAUCUCCACCACCUACAAUGAAUUUUAUUUCAAUAUUGAAAUCUAAACUAAAUUUACAACAAUCAAAAAAUAAUAAUUUGGAUUUCAGUGAACCUACUGCUGAUUUAAGUAUAAAUGAAUGCACAAUUGUAAAUAAUUUGUAUUCUAAUAAAAUCAAUAAUCUUGAUUCUACUGAACUUAAUCAACUAGAUGUAAAUGUGUGCGAUGAAGAGACAAAUUUACCAAAUAUUAACCAUAUUGAACCAAAAAACUGUUUAGCUAGCUAUACAACUUCAUUAAUUGAUGAAGAAAUUAAGCCAAAGUCUAAUAACCCAUUUUCAAUUAAUAUUAUUGAGAAUAAUAAUUGUGAAGAAAAAGUAAAUACAAUAAAUAAUGACAAAUUAUUUACUAAAUUAAAUAUAAUAACUAAUGAUGAUAUUAAACAAGUUGUAAAAAAACUUAAUUAUGACUUUGAUUUGUUAACAAAAAACAAUUGUUGUAAUUAUUCAAAUAAUUUACGUAAUACUUCCAUAAAUUUACAAUUUGAUGAAAAUAAUACAAAUAAUAGAUCAUCUCAUUGUUUUUCUGAAAUCCAUGAUGAAUUUCAAGCAGAACUUGAUACUCUGGACCAAUUAAAUGACUCCUUAUGUGAUAUAGAAAAAAUGAGCUGUGACAUGUCAAUUAAAACUAAUGAACAAUCUAUCGAACUGAAUGAUCACUCCAAUUCUAAUAAUGAUAGUGAUAUUGCUGCACCUUUUUCCAAACUAAAUGCUUUAUCAUCAAAUAUGAUGGGUGUAGAUAAAACAAUAACUGGCUUUUCUAUUCAAAUGUUUGAACAAUUAAUGAAGGAUGAAAAACUCAGGGCAAAACAACACCAUACUAUACUUAGUUUGAGGGAAAAAUCUUUAACUAAUCGUUUAAAGUGGGAAAUUACUAUGUAUGACCUUCAAAUUAAAAAUUUCAAAAACAGACCCAGUUAUGAAAAACAGUUUCAAUUGUUCAAACAAAAACAAAGAGGUACUGUAAAAAAGUUAGAACACUCCUUGUCGCAAGUAAAACGACUUGGUAGAGUAAUUGAUUCAGUAUAUAAGCAACGCUUUAUAAUGCUUGAAGAACAUAUUCAACAUUUAAAAAAUGAAUCUUCUUCCAAAAAAAUUAUACGUAAAUUAAAAAGCUUAGAUCAAUUUCCAAAGAAAGAAGAUCAUAGUUGUCAGUCAAUGAAUUCUCAUGUUUUUAAGCAAUUUUAUAAGUCUGAUGAUUUUUAUAAUAUUGAUAGUAAACAUGAUAAAAUUAAUCCAAUUGAAUCUAAAAAUAAUACUUUACCAUCAAAGUUUGAAUUGGAUAAAUCUAAAAUUAUAUUACGAAAUCAAGCAACUAGUCCUAUUAGUAUUGAAACUAAUAUUUUAGAUCAAGUUCAAAACGUUGAAGUUCAAACAGAUGUUAGAUAUUCUUCACAGUCUGUCAUUGAUAAAGCUAUACAAACUUCUAAAACUAAAUGUAACUAUACCAAUAAUGAAAAUAUACAAUCAAUUAAUUGUAUUGAUUUAUCUUAUAAAAAUGAAAUAUUUGAUACAAUUGAAACCGAGGAUAAAAGAUCACUGUCGCCGAUUUUAUCAACAAGUCCUGUUAAACUGAAAAAACAUAUUUCGGAUACAUCAAAUAGUACAAAUUCAGAACAGAGUGAUAUGGAUAUACGAAUAAUAACUUUACAAGAACAACUUGAAGCUAGAAAGUUAGAAUCUUUUAGAUUGAAAAAAGAACAAAAAAAACUUAGAUUAGAAAAUCUUAAAGCUAAAGAACAAGAUCUUUUGAAACAGAUAAAUUUAUAUGACAAGAAAAUUGAAGAAUCAAGAAAAAGCUUGAUGGUUGAAAUUAAAAAAAAAAGUAUGCACGAAUCAAAGUUUUCAAUAAAAAACCAUUCUUCUUCAACAAAUUCUAGUUGUUCUAUUCUUCAAAAUGUAAUUAAUAAUGAAAAUAUUGAUAAUCAAUAUAUGGAUGAAUCAGAUAGAAUAACAUUGACAGAUGGGAAGACAUAUUUCUUUCCAAUUGCAACUGAUGCGUCAUGUGAUCAUAGUAUAUCUCUAAAUAAAACAGUAGAUGAAUUACAAAAAAAAAAUAUUAAUGAAUCAAAGAAAAAUCAUAGUAAUAUGUAUACAAAUAAUUUUGAUUCAGUGAAUAUUGAUAGUUAUAAACUUACAGAACAAUCAUUUCAAUCGUUAGAAUCAAUUCCAGUUUUUGAAGGUACACAGUUACAUGAAAAACACACUGUAAAAGAAGUAAAUACUUCAAAAAAAUCUAACGAAAUUAAAACUGAAGUAAAUAUUUUUUUUAAAUCUCAACCUCAGAAUACUUUAAACAUUGAAACAUCAAAUAAUGUCAAAGCAAAUUUAAAGAAAGAAACACAUUUGUGUGAAGUAAAUGAAACAAUUGACAAUGGUAUACAUUUAGAUAUUGCUUCAUGUAAGUAUUCUAUUUCAAAUCAAAGUAUGUCAGAAACUUCAAAUAACCAAGAACCAUAUCUAAAAACAGAUAAUAAAAAGUCACUGACUAUUUAUGACAAUAUUAACUGCUCCGAUACAAUAAGUUUAUCUGAUAGGAGUGCUAUUCAAAGAAAACUCUUAGUUAAUUUAAACAAAAAUGAUACUGAUGUAUGUGAAAAGCUGGAAAACAGUGUCAGUCAAUUUGAGGUACCUAAUCAUAAAAUAGGUUUAGAUGAUAUUUAUAGUUCAGAUUUUACAUCAGAUGAUUAUACAUCGGACUUUCAAGGUUCAUAUCAAUUUAAUAAAAAUGAUAAUAUUGUAGAAUUAAACGACAGUGAACAAAGUAAUGAAACUUCUUAUGAAGAAGAAAGAAGUGAAGGAGAAAUAAUGUUUGAGGAUAAAACAUUUAUUGAACAAUAUUCGGAUGAUCAUACUAAUUUUGUUCAAAACGAUAAUUCUAAUGACGAGAAAGUAAAUGCUAUUACUACUAAUAUUUUUAAUUGUCUUCUAAAAGAUACAAAAAAAUCACUGAAAUCUAAUAUGAAUAAAUCGUUAAUUUGUUCAAAAAAAAAAGAUCUUAAUAAUUUAACUGAAGAAACUCCAUUAUUAUUAAUCUUAAAACGUGAAGAAGAGAAUCAAAACCGGAUUAUUCUUUCGGAGCAAGCAAAAAUUAUUUCAGACGUACUUUUUAAGCAACAUUUCCAACCAAUUUUUACCGAUAUGCUUCAAAUGUAUUUACCUAAAUUGAAUGAAAUAGAAAUGGAAAAAUUAAAAGUAUAUUUAAAGUGGUCUUCUUCUAAAAAAAAAAAACUGAAAUUAUCAGAAUGUUUAAAUUUUAAACACAAAAUUAAUGAUGUUGACAAUGAAAAAUCAUUUGAAUUGUUUUAUCAAAAGUAUCUAGAGCAGAAGAAAUCUCAAACUUAUCAAGAUGAAAGUAACGAUGUCAUGCUCAGUCAUACUCAACAAGAAGCAGAAAAAUUAAAACAAGAACAAAUACGUAUUGAAGAAGAAAUUGAACGUCUUCGCUUGUCCGAAGAAGCACAAUUUUUUCUAAGAGAAAUACCUAAUAAGCCACCACCCCCUUACAAGAGUCCCACAAAAAUUAAAGCACUUAUUGACAUGCCUUAUACAUCUGAUGAAGUUCACAAAAUAGUUUUGACAGCUGCUAAUCAAAUAUUCAAUGGUUCUCAAAGCCCAUUAUCAAAUGACUUUAUUAUAGAUUCAGAUUCAGUUUUACAUGCUGAUUAUAAAAUAUUGAUUUUUGAUUACUGUAAAGAAAUUGCAAAUGAUUUAUUUAUUGAUGAAACAAAUUUACCUUUAUGGAAAAGAUCUAUUAAAGGAUUGAAAAAUUUUAGGGCAAAACCAAAAAAUCCUAAAGAUUUAAGUGAUAUAGUUAUAAAAAAAAUGAAUCGGAUUAUUGACCUAGAUGAGUGUGAAGAAAAAGUAAAUAAAUUUGUAGUAAAUCAAAUGCACGAAGAGGAUAGUAAAUGGACUGAUUUUCAAAUGGAUGAAUUAGAAAUACAAAAUAAUAUAGUUCAAAGUUUGAUGAAAAAAUUGAUUUGCGAUGCAAUUACAAAUACCAAAACUAAUUUUUAUUUGAAAUUUAUUUAA